AUGUCAGGAGCAGGCCUUCAGGCAUGGCUGUAUCCAGGAAGGGUUCAUUUCAGACCUUUGGAAAGGAGGUGUGCAUCACGGGUGUACCCCGGUCUCCACACCACCUUCCAGGAGUACAUGUGUUGCCAAUGCUAUGCCAGGUUUGGGGGCCACUUGCCUGUGCCCUGGGCUGAUGCACUGCUACCCUACUGGGUCCCUCUGUCCCUGAGACCACGAAAGCAGGUCUCAAAGAUGAUGCGAUGUUCUAUCCCCAGAGCCAUAAGGUCAUGUCGUUGCCCCUGCCACUGCUUUGGGGGCCGCCUUCCGAUGCCCAGGGAUAGGGCUGUUAUGCCCUAUUGGGUGCCCCAGGGGCUGAGGUCACAGAAGAAGGUGGUGAAAAGGCUGGAGAACGGCAAAGACACCCCAGAGUGCUCUCUGGAAUCAAGCAGCUGGUAUGGCUGUUGGCGGGUCUGUGGGGACCGGCAUCUCCUCCUCAAGUGGCAGCAGCUCCAGGCCCUUUAUCAAGAUGAGCUGUCAGACCCUCAGGAGGAUGAGCUGCCAGACCCUCAGGAGGAUGAGCUGCCAGACCCUCAGGAGGAUGAGCUGCCAGACCCUCAGGAGGAUGAUCCACCUGCUGGCGGCUUAGGCUUCCUCCUGCCCGUGGGCUUCAAUCUCCUGACCCUGCUGCAGGCUGUCCUGAGGGCCAUCAUGGCCAUUCGCCAUUUGUUUUGGGACUGAGGUGGAGUCUUCAGCUACUGUCAAGAUCCUCAGCAAGAAUGUCAGUCACGAUCAUGGUCCUCAAGGGGAGCCCUCGGAUCAGGAGGGUCUGAGACAUUCGCC